AUGGCGGGUCCACAGGGCCCGAAGGCAGCCCAGAACUUGAAAGGACAAAGGCCCAUCUCAAAAUCGGAAGCGGAUCCCGGGGCUACGGGGCAGAUUAGGGAGGGGCUGGUCACUUUGGAGACCCCCCCCGGCGAGUCUGUCUUCUUUAACCCUGCUCAGGUCUUCAACAGGGACCUGUCACUGCUUGUCCUGAAGGCCUUUGCAUGCAAGCAGCAGCAAGUGCUCAAGCAGCGUUCUGCUGCAACUUUGGCUCGCUGCAAGGCGGAAGGCCGGCCCGAGCCCCAGCCGUUGGAGUUCGUGGGAUUUAAUGUGCUGGAGCCCCUGGCAGCAACAGGCCUCCGCAGCCUGCGAUACCUCAAGGAGCUGGGGCCCCUUGUGGCCUGCGCCGUGGCCAACGACUUGGACCCAGAAGCGGCUGCAGCAGCAAGGGCCAAUGCGAAAUUGAAUGAAGUUCCUCAGCAGCGUUUCUUGGCAACUUGCAGCGAGGCGACGCGCCUGAUGCACCUGCUGAGCCAUCCCCCGCUGAGCGCUGGGACUCUAAAGAAGAUUAACAGUUUGCCAGCAGGGGCUUCAGUCCCUUCUUCGUUUGACCUCAGCUGCCCCCCGGAGGAGCUGCUGUUGGUGCCACCACUGUUCAAGCCUGCUGCUGCUGCGCCAGAGGCAGCAGCAGCAGGCGCAUCAGCAGCACCCGUUGCUGCUGCUGCUGCUUUGAAGGAAGGCGGAGCUCCAUUUUGGUUCGACGUAGUGGACAUCGACCCUUACGGGAGCUGCUCCCCCUUCUUAGACUCAGCAGUGGGGGCUGUGCGCAGCGGGGGGCUCUUGUGCGUCACCAGCACUGACACCAGCACUCUUGUGGGCAACGCCUUGGAAACCGCCUACUACAAGUACGGGGGAGCCACGGCCAAGAUGAGUGCUCACCACGAAGUGGCAGUGCGCGUCGUCCUUCAUGCCGUGGCUCAGGCUGCAGCAAAGCAGCGCAAGGCAGUGCAGCCGCUGCUCUCCCUGAGCGUGGACUUCUACGUGCGCCUUUUUGUGCGCGUCGUUGAGUCCCCAGAGCAGUGCAAGCAGCUUCACCAAAAGGAAGCCAUGAUCUUUCACUGCCCUUCCUGUGAGGCCUUCACAGUGGCCCCCUUAGGCAACCAAGCCCCCAAGUCGCGAAAAGUUAAGGGUUCGGGGUCAUCUGGCCACGCUGAAGAUGCACAAGGACAGAAGCAGGUCCCUUCAUCUCAGGGAGAAAGUGCACAAGCCGCUCCUGUGGGGGAGAACGCUGGCAACAGUAACAGCUACAGCAGCAGCAACAGCGGCAACAGCAGCAACAGCUCUGGCAAGGAGGAACAAGUUGCUGCAGCAGAUGGCAUUAGACUGAAGUACAAGGCAGCGAGCUUGCCUGAUGGCGUGGGAACCCAAUGCAGUGAAUGCGGAGGCCGAGUUCUAUUGGGGGGCCCCAUAUACUCCGGACGGUACUACGACCCGGAGUUUGUGGACCUCUGUCUGGAGGAACUAGACAAGUCAAAGGAGACCCUUCCUGGGCUCACAAUGCAGACGCGUAUAAGGGGAAUGCUAACUGCUCUACGAGAGGAGCUGCCAGACGUGCCGCUGCAUUAUCAGCUGCCUUCGCUGUGCACGCGCAACAAGCUCACGAUGAUAAAGCCUGCAUCAUUCAUGGCUGCACUUAGGCGGCUGGGCUACAGGGCAUCUCAUUUCCACCGCGAUCCCCAGGCCGUGAAGACCGACGCGCAGUGUGUCGUCGUCUUCGACAUAUUGCGCACUCACGCUGCCAAGAGCACGUCGGCAAACCACGAGCGUUUCCCCGUGCUGCGGAAGCCCAUUCAGACAAAAGGCAUAGACUUGUCCCCUCCAACCGCUGAAGAAAACAAAGCACAGCCUAAGAAGCAUGUGGCCCGCUGGCUACCUAACCCGGCUCCAUAUUGGGGGCCUAAAGGCCGAGCGGGAAAGCGACGGGCGGAGACUGAAGAGAAGGACACCACUGUAAAGAAAAAUUGUCAGAAGGUCACCGUCCAUGGCCGCCAGGAAGCCCAAUCCGCGUCUAGUGAAGGGGUGGAGGCUGUCAAUACGUCAGAAGAUUUGAACCCCUUGCUGUAA